UUCAUCAGCUACCCAAGCAGGGUAUUUAAUUUGUUCAUUGUCGACAAGCUUGUUGAGUGCUCUUUUGUACACCUUAUCCUGGGUGUCCUUUCCUUCCUCCCUCCUCCCACAGUUGCUGAGAGCCAGAUGUGUUGGAAUUAGUCCAAAAGCCACAAUUAGAGGGAUUUCGUUUCUUCUCAAGUCAGAUGAUGACUAUCUUUUUCCCUUAAAAAAAUGACAUGAAGUUAACCAUUUUCUAUGUUUAUGCUAGAGAAAUAAGCCAUUACUUUAUUCUAGUCACUGCUUUAUUUUUUUUAAAUGGGGGGGGGAAGCUUAGCUAUAAAUAAAACUGAUCCUUUUAAAGUAAGAAAUAUACUACUUUCUCAAGUGCUCAAUUGGUAGAUCUUUUAUUUCCAGGCAAAAAUGUGUUAAAAAAUCAGAAUUUUUCUUUUGUUUGGUUUGUUCCCUCUGCUAAUAUACCCCGCAAGUGUAUUAUUCUGAGUUCUAUCUGUCUUGCCCCUUGUUUUGAGCUGCAGAUUAUGUACUGGAAGCACAGGAGAGACACAGCUCAGAAUGAGGAAAGCCAGGGGAGAGACCUCGCUCUGAUUCUUAAAUGGAGAGAAGGGCCAGAGUUGGCUGUCUUUGCUAGCACCAAGAUACUAUUAGACCAAGAGCUGCUGGGAUUCUUUGAUGUUUUCAAAUGCACAGAAACUGGAUGGCUUCUACAGGGAGCCAGCCCUCUGAUAUAGACAAGAUUUUUGGAUUCUUCAGUGAUGGCGCACCCCCCACCAAAAAGCCCAGGAAGCUGCUUCCAAGCUUAAAAACUAAGAAGCCUCGGGAGCUCGUGUUGGUGAUUGGAACAGGCAUCAGCGCUGCGGUUGCACCGCAGGUUCCAGCCCUGAAAUCCUGGAAGGGGUUAAUUCAGGCCUUACUAGAUGCUGCCAUUGAUUUUGAUCUUCUAGAGGAUGAGGAGAGCAAAAAAUUCCAGAAGUGUCUCCAUGAAGACAAGAACCUUGUCCACGUUGCCCAUGACCUUAUCCAGAAACUCUCUCCUCGUACCAGUAAUGUUCGAUCCACAUUUUUCAAAGACUGUUUAUAUGAAGUAUUUGAUGACUUGGAGUCAAAGAUGGAAGAUUCUGGAAAACAGCUCCUUCAGUCAGUUCUCCACCUGAUGGAAAAUGGAGCUCUUGUAUUAACUACAAAUUUUGAUAAUCUCCUGGAACUGUAUGCAGCAGAUCAGGGAAAACAACUUGAAUCCCUUGAUCUUACUGAUGAGAAAAAGGUCCUAGAGUGGGCUCAGGAGAAGAGGAAGUUGAGUGUGUUGCACAUCCAUGGGGUCUACACCAACCCUAGUGGCAUUGUCCUUCAUCCAGCGGGAUAUCAGAACGUGCUCAGGAACACCGAAGUUAUGAGAGAGAUUCAAAAACUCUACGAAAACAAGUCAUUUCUUUUCCUGGGCUGUGGCUGGACUGUGGACGACACCACUUUCCAGGCCCUCUUCCUGGAGGCCGUCAAGCACAAAUCCGACUUAGAACAUUUCAUGCUGGUUCGGAGAGGAGAUGUAGAUGAGUUCAAGAAGCUUCGAGAAAACAUGCUGGACAAGGGGAUUAAGGUCAUCUCCUAUGGAAAUGACUAUGCUGAUCUUCCGGAAUAUUUUAAGCGACUGACAUGUGAGAUCUCCACAAGGGGUAGAUCUGCAGGGAUGGUGAGAGAAGGUCAGCUAAAUGGCUCGUCUGCAGCACACAGUGAAAUAAGAGGCUGUAGUACAUGAGCGAGCUAGAGAAAUCACCACCAUUAGACCGAGCUGUAAAGGCCCUACCGUGGACAGUGUUUAACAAGUAAACUUACAAGAACGCAACACAGCUCCCUAGAAGUACCAAUACGCAGAGGUUGAAGGCUGGGGAUAGAGUAGGGGGAUGUGUUCCAACUGAAUCCUUCAUGCCAGCUGGUUCUUGAUGUUCUGCCUGUUCCAGUUCAAGAAUACCCAAGUGACAACAGGACCUGAAUGCAGCCCCUCCUUGCUCCCCAGGCUGGACAUGCUUGUGUCCACACAGCAGACCAGUGUGACACCUCCACUGAGUGUGGCUGCAGCUCUGGAUGGACUUGGGGACACAGACACAUGGAAUCACCAUGGCUGCUGUUGCAGUUUUGUACUCUAUACUUGGUUUUUCAAUUAAGUGUAAUGGCUUUUUUAAAACAUGAGUUGAAGCUCUAGUUUUCUAGAUCUUUUACAGUGUACAGUAUUUUACAUAACUGAGCUGUAUUAAAAGCUUGUUCACUUACAUGCCAG